AUCUCGACUUUUCCAGAAAGACCCAGAAAGCUGUUCAACAAUGCGUAUUUGGUGACUCAACAGUAAUUUAAAUGUAACCUUGAGUCCCAGCAUAAAAAGGCCCCAGCAUCGCUGGAGAGGCGGAGAUCAGCGGGAAAGGAAGUCGGCUACUGUGUAAGAUUGGAAUUUGCUAGUCCCCAUUCAAAGCAAGAGAAAAGAACAGAAGACAUCAUGUUGACCUUUUGGCUAGUUGUCCUGUUUGCUGCGAGUGAAAGUUUGCAACAACAUCCACCAGAGAAACUCAAAGAACUUUCAACUGAUGGACAAAAAUAUCUAAAUAAGCAAAUCGAAGCUGCUAUCAAUGGAGCAAAAGUUAUGAAAUCUCUCGCAGAUAAAAAUGACAGAGAACACCAAAUGUUUCUACAAAAUUUGGAACAAACCAAUAAGCGAAAAGAGGAAGCUCUUGCAGCUGCCAAAGAUGCUCAGAAAAAGCUGAAUGAAGCUGAGCAAUGUCAAAAUAAAGAGAACCUCUGGGAAGAAUGCAAGCCAUGCUUGAGGCAAACUUGCACACAGUUCUACUCUAGAGUUUGCAGAAGAGGCUUCAGUAUGGUUGAAAAAGAAGUUGAAAAAUUCCUUAAUGAUACACCAGCAGUUUCUGUUUGGGUUAAUGGUGAUAAACUGGACUCGCUGAUUGAAAAGAAUGACGAACUGGGUGAACAAUUUGAACAUGUUGAGAGACGGUAUGAAGAUAUGGAUGAGAUGUUCAAAGAGAGUAUGAAGGUGUUUGAAACGAUGGAUAGAAUGCCCAGCAGUCCCUUCGACAGCAUUGGAAUUUUCCCAAAGCAUUUUUCCUUGUUUCCAGAUUACUCCUUUCCCCAGUUUAGACCCAAUGUCUUUGAUGGUCAUGGAAUGCUUUCCUCUUUCUUCGACAUGACUCAGAAGAUGUUUGAGAGAUUCCAUAAAAUCAUUCAUGAUCCCGAAUUAAAUAAAGAACCAUUUCCUGAGGAAGAGGAACAAAAUGUGACAAAAUUACCAGAUGGGCAGGAUCAACUCAUUUGUCAUGAAAUUCGUCGGAACUCAUCUGGCUGCAUGAAGCUUUCCAACAAGUGUGAAAAAUGCAAGGAGCUCAUGUCUUUGGAGUGUUUUGACGCCAAUCACAAACCACUACGGAAGUCAUUUGAAGAAUCCCUCUCAAUGGCAGAGAAUUUCGCCAGGAAAUAUGAUAAUCUAAUGGAAGAUUUUCAAGAGUACAUGGAAAAUAAAACAAAGGAGUUGGACUCUCUUAACAAACAAUUUGGAUGGGUGUCUAAGUUGGCAAAUUAUACAAAAAGCCCAGAUGGAUUUUUCAAAAUUAAAGCAAUAAUGUCAAAAUCUGAAAACAACAACAGUACAUCCAGCAUUCCUGAUACCAAUGUCACUGUCCAGAUAUUUGAUUCACCCCCAUUUACUUUUGCCAUCUCUGGAGACUUCAACUGGGAUGAUGUAGAGCUCUCAGAAAUGCUGUCACAGAAAGCAUUGGACCUUUACAAUGAGAGGAAGAUUUUAGGAGACUUACCAACUAAUCAGCUGGAAACCAUGUGA